AUGUCUUUGCCAGCAGCAGCGAGCGCAAACGCAGCGGCGUCUGCGAGAAGAAGGGGUCCCAACUUGAAUAUCGUGGUUUCCUGUCCUGAAUGUAAAAUAUAUCCUCCGAAGGUGGCAGAAAGGUUUAGUGAGGGUGAUGUGGUGUGCGCCAUGUGCGGCUUAGUUCUCUCUGAUAGAAUAGUGGACACUAGAUCCGAGUGGCGUACCUUUUCAAACGAUGACCAAAAUGGUGAUGAUCCGAGCCGUGUGGGUGAGGCUUCGAAUCCCCUUCUUGACGGCAACCACUUGUCUACAAGAAUUGGUCAGGCGCAAGGAAGCGAUGUUAAAUUUACCAGGGAUCUAAAUCGCGCACAAAGCAAAAGUAUAGUGGAUAAGAAGGACAACGAGCUGCAGGCUGCGUAUGCAAAAAUCACAAUGAUGUGUGACGCUGCGGAGUUACCCAAAAUUGUUAAGGAUUGCGCCAAAGAAGCUUACAAGAUUUGCUACGAGGAGAGGGCUUUGAAGGGCAAGUCACAAGAAAGUAUAAUGGCUUCAGUCAUCCUUGUUGGAUGUAGACGGGCAGAAGUUGGCAGAUCAUUCAAAGAGAUACUAUCUUUAACAAAUGUCAAAAAAAAAGAAAUUGGAAAGACAUUCACGAUAAUUAAGAGCAUCUUGAGAGAGAAGAAUGCUAACGGAUUUGCAAACAUAGAUACUGCAACAAUAUCUUCGGGCCAAACUUCGGCAGAGACAUUUAUUCCACGGUUUUGUUCUCAUUUGGGCCUUUCUGUACAAAUUGCUAAUGCGGCAGAAUAUACCGCGAAACAUUGUAAGGACAUCAAUGUUUUAGCGGGCAAGUCGCCCAUAACAAUAGCUGCAUCUGCAAUUUACUUGGCAAUCCAGCUCUUUAAAGUCAACAUAUCGGCUUCUCAAGUCUCUCACACUCUUCAAGUCACAGAAGGUACAAUAAAAGGUGGCUACAAGAUACUUUAUGAGUUCAGGGAUAAAGUUGUCGAUCCUCAGUUAAUUGCAAGUGGAAAAAUUAGUUUUGAUAGCUUGCCUAAAGUUAAUGACAAAAAUGAAAAGAGUGCGGGCGACAACUAG